AUGAAUCCAGAGUCCUGGCUGUUUCAGCCGUCGUGCCGCAUCAGCCGGGAGAGAAAAACAUCCAUCCACGACGACGAGGAGGCAGGUCUGCAUCAGUGGCCUUAUCCUCCCACAACUUCUCGCGGUGCUCCUCCACGUCCUCCGGCGUCCCCCUCCUCUCCCUCUGAGCGCUCCGCUCCUCAUUCUCCUCUCGGGCUCCCGCCAUCCAUCCAGCUGUGGCCCUCGCAGGGCGCGACUGCUGGCGCUCACCUGACAGGUCCCUGGCCUCAGGACGACUGCCAGCACCCGUACUCUCCCUACAUGAGGGACAAAGCGACGCAGACCCCCAGGGCCUGGGCAGAUGAGAGGAGGAGGGGCUCUCACAAACGCUCGGCCUCCUGUGGGAGCACCGACCAGCUCAAGGAGAUUGCCAAAUUGCGACAGCAGCUUCAGCGCAGCAAACGCAGCAGCCGCCAUCGGAGGGAUAAAGACCGCAAGUCCCCGUUCAAUGGCAGCCAUACCAUCAUCCAGUCACAGUCACCUAUGCCCAAAGCCAUCCUGAUACCCAUCCCUAUAUCCAAGUCAUCGGCCCCUCGUUUCCGAAACAGCGUAGAGGGCCUAAACCAGGAGAUUGAACGCAUCAUCAUCAGGGACACGCCUGAAAAAGAGGACACCAUCGUUCCACAGGAUGUCCCAGAUGGGCACCGCGCACCCCCACCCGUCCCCCCACGGCGCAGCAGCAGCACCCGCAGCAUAGACACACAGACUCCCUCGGGGGGCGGCCUGAGCGGUAACCAUAGCAACUGCAGUAGCCGGCCCGACUCCAUCUCGCCCUCCUACCUCACCGUCCUCAACGACACGAGUGGAGGCAGCCCCUACGAGGACAAAGAGCUGGGCCCCUGCUCCCCACUGCCUAAAUAUGCCGCCUCCCCCAGACCCAACAACAGCUACAUGUUCAAGAGGGAACCUCCAGAGGGCUGCGAGAAAGUCAAAGUGUCCGAGGACACCAUAACCAAACCUCCACAGGACCUCCCUCGCUUCUUGUGUCCCGACCGCAACAAGGUCAACUUCAUCCCCAACAUCGGCUCCGCCUUCUGCCUCGUCAGCAUCCUGAAGCCCUUACUCCCCGGGCCCCGAGGUCCAGUGGGCCUCCGGAGCCUGUCCCCGUCCCUCGUGCCUCUGUCCACCCAGCCCUGCCUCCUGGAGGAGCCCGAGAGCUUCUGACGGCUUCACGUCACCCCCGGAAGAACCCCCCCCCUUCAACAAAAUCAGAAAAGACUUACUAGGAAACAACCCUUCUGCUCUAAGAAUGCCUUCAGCAUGCCAGCUAAGCUCUCUCUGAUGUCCUUAUCUCGUUGACAAAGCGCUUCCCACUGCCUCUCCUCAGACGACUACAACGUGAGAGUCCUGCAGCCCUGUGCGGGGGUGUGCAGCUAACAUUUCAUCGCUUUCUUCUACCUUUAGAGCUGGUUAUGUUCCUGUUUUCUCGGGAGGAAAAGGGCGAAAGGACAGACUCUUUUUUUCAUCGUAUUAUACCAUGGCGCCUUUCCACGGAUAUAUCUCUUUUUCUAUCUGUAGUUAUUUCUCUUGAUAUAAAAUAUGCCUUCCAUUGUAAAAGAAAAAGAAAGAAAAAAAGGCCACUGGUUUCCUCGGUGACCAAGAGUUUGACCACGGAGGCUAAUUUUGGUGCUGCCAGAUAUAUCGUAGCAAAACUUGAACGGUCGCGACAAGGAGGAGUUUAAAAAUGUGCCUGAUAUUUUAGACCGCUCAGUUUCGCUCAACCCGCGUAGUGCUCCAUCAUGUUUGACCCUUUAGCAUGGCACACAUGAUGUGAGCCCUAUGCUGGCCAUAGAUACACACAAACAGGCAGGGACAAGCAGAAUAUACAAGCAGUGGUGGAAAGUAACUAAGUACAUUUACUCAAGUACUGUAAGUAAGUACACAUUUUGAAGCAUUUUUACAACUUAAAAGGGAAACAUUAUACUUUGUACUUCACUACAUUUCAUUUUUAAGCUUUACUUACUUUAGAUUUAUUAUGAUUUGUUGUAAAUGUAAUCUAUCCAACAAUAUAUUUAAGUACCUAAAACAAUUAGUAGGACAGGAAAUUAAUUUGCAGCAAUUUAAUUAAGUUUUUGUAUAAAAACACUUCGCAUUUCCAGCUUGUGUUUGAAGAUUUGCUGCUUUUACUUGCUAAUAUUUUUUUUUAUUUGUAAUGUAUUUUUCUGCAAUGAGUUUCUCAAUGCAAGACUUACUUGUAAUGGAGUAUUUUUUACAGUGUAGUACUAGUUAUUUUACUUAAGUAAAAUAUCUGAAUACUUCUCCCACCACUGUAGGGGGUUUUAAAACAUAUUUAUGUGUACUUUUAUCAGCCAUUUGCAGUGCAGGCUGACUGUAAACGGGUACAAGCUUCACUAACAGGUAGCAGUGAGCCCCCCCCCCCCCCGCUCCCCGCCUGCUGCUGUGUAUCUAUGGGAAACGCAGGCCAGGGCUAUGAUGUGUGCAGCGUGUUCUACCUGUCUGCCUGCCCCUCCUUCCCAAGCGCCAGCCUUUGCUUCCGAAAUGUCCCUCCUUACUCCACGUCCAUCACACACACCCCCCUUUUGUUCCAGCUCUUGCUCUCCUCCUAUCUCCCUCAGUCACUGUAAAGCUGAUUUCCUCCUGUCUUGCUCAGCUCGUGUUGUUGUGAAAUGUGUCCAGACGGGUCUCAUCUUGGCUCCCUCGGGCCUGCAGAGCCCUGAACAUGGAGAGGCUGGUGAACACAUCCCAAUAUCACUACUUUACAAGACGGUCUCCACAGUAUUUCUGUCAACCUAAUCAAUAUUUAAACUUAGUUUGAAAUGCACCACUUUUUAUCUUUUGCAUCGAAACAUUUCAGACACGCUGCGCCACAGUUGGAGCUGUUGAUUGACGGCCUCUCCAUGCCCCGGCCCCUCUUCCUGUAAAUGUCAUUACUACUUAACUGUACCUGCUUCGGUGGGAUAGGAAUGUACUGGAAUUGUAAAUAUAAAAGGCACACUGUGUUUGUAUUAUCGGCUGACAAAGAUAUGUAUCUGAAUGAGUUGUCCCAUAGACCCCCUCCCUCCCUCCUUCCCUCCCUCCUUCCUCCCCUCCUGCUUUUUCUCCGCUGAGUACUGUGAAUUACAUGUCUCAUUAUUGUGAAUAAUUAUGUAUUUAUUUAUCAGGAGUGUUAUUGGGUCUUCAGAGAAUUUUAACCAAGAAUAGAUUACAUCCUCCAUCUCAGGUUGUAGUGAAUAGGAUACAAAAAAAGAUGACUUACUUCUCGUGCACACUAACAAGUCUACACUACGAAGAGAGCAAACCAACAGCUGCUAUGUAUGUAGCCUCACAACAAGGAAACGAUGUAACCUGUAGCAGAGUAGAAGUAGAGAGAAGUGUGGAUGUUGUUUAUCCAGUGACCUGAUUUGGCAUGUUUCUAAAAAUGAGGAGUUCUGUUCCAAAAUGAGAUAUCCACUUGCUGAAAACAAUCACACCUACAGCGACAUGACUUUCUGUCGUUUUUAAACGUCUGUUUACAAAAGUAGUUUGGAAGAUUAGAUUCAUACAAAUACAGAUUUAUUUCAGAUACCAACUUUUAUCAGAGUGGAUAAACAGCAUUUUGGAAUGAGGCUCAACGCAGUGAUUCUUUGUUUGCUUGUCCAGUUUAUUGGAAACAGAACUGCCAAGUUUUCAUCUGUUAAACCCCUCGAGUGAAAUAAAAAGGCAUAGUUGAAUUAAAUAAAGCAUUUGUGAUUGACUUGAGAAAUACAUUCUUUUUGUGUAAAUAAAGUGUAAAUCUAGCAGUAUACAGUAUUAUGUAUUAUUAUUAUACAGUAUUACAUUAUGUGACAAAAUAAUACAGUAGUUUCCCUUCAUGUGUCACAUUUAAAACAAAAAGAAGAGCAGAGAUAAUAAUAUACAGCUUGUAUAAAAUGUGUUUUUUUUCCCAUGAUGCAUUUCCAUCUGAUUACCUCUGCUGAGGCACACAAAGCCAUAACUUUGGAUUUGGUUUAAGUCGAUGCAUGUGGGCAUGAUAUUCACAUCUCAACAACUCAUGAAACA